AUGACAGCUGAGAAGAGCGGGCCCGUUGUAAACGGUGAACCAGAGGAUGGCGGAGACCCGGAAGGGUCCAGCUCCAGCCUAGACAAGGCGCAGUACAAAGAGAGGGGCCAAUGGAACAACAAGAUUGAGUUUUUCCUGUCUGUGGCUGGAGAGAUCAUCGGGCUGGGCAACGUCUGGAGGUUUCCUUACCUCUGCUACAAGAAUGGAGGAGGUGCAUUCUUCGUUCCAUAUGUCAUCUUCUUUAUCUGCUGCGGUAUCCCUGUGUUUUUCCUGGAGACUGCCAUGGGUCAGUUCACCACUGAGGGAGGCAUCACCUGCUGGAGGAAAGUCUGCCCGCUAUUUGAGGGAAUUGGUUUUGCAACGCAGGUGAUUGCAGCUCAUCUUAACGUGUACUAUGUAGUGAUCCUUGCCUGGGCCAUCUUCUACUUCUUCAACUGCUUCACCACAGAGCUGCCGUGGGCUGCCUGUGGACAUUACUGGAACACAGAGAACUGUGUCGACUACUAUGGAGAUAAUACCACCAACAUUACAAACCCCAAUGCAACCUCUCCAGUCAUUGAGUUCUGGGAACGCAGAGUACUGAAGAUUUCAGAUGGCAUUGAGCACAUGGGGGGACUCCGCUGGGAGCUCGCCAUGUGCCUGGCCCUGGCCUGGUUCAUCUGCUACUUCUGCAUCUGGAAGGGACCCAAGUCAACUGGCAAGGUUGUGUAUGUGACAGCUACAUUUCCUUACGUCAUGUUGUUGGUCCUGCUGGUCAGAGGAGUGACGCUGCCAGGAGCAUACGAAGGCAUCAAGUUCUACCUCUACCCGGACAUGUCACGUCUCUCUGACCCUCAGGUGUGGGUGGAUGCUGGAACCCAAAUCUUCUUCUCGUAUGCCAUCUGCUUGGGCUGUCUUACUGCUCUGGGAAGUUACAAUUCCUACAACAAUAACUGUUACAGGGACUGCCUCAUGCUGUGUUGUCUAAACAGCGGCACCAGCUUUGUAGCAGGUUUUGCUAUCUUCUCAGUGCUGGGCUUCAUGGCCUACGAACAAAAUGUUCCCAUCGAGGCUGUGGCAGAAUCUGGUCCUGGUCUUGCAUUCAUUGCAUACCCAAAGGCUGUUACUAUGAUGCCUCUGUCUCCACUUUGGGCCGGUCUCUUCUUUUUGAUGCUCAUCUUCCUCGGUCUGGACAGUCAGUUUGUGUGUGUGGAGAGUUUAGUGACCGCUGUGGUGGACAUGUACCCAGAGACCUUUAGGAGAGGCUUCCGCAGAGAGCUGCUGAUUCUGAUCAUGUCUAUCGUCUCCUUCUUCAUCGGACUCAUCAUGUGUACGGAGGGAGGAAUGUACGUCUUCCAGCUGUUUGACUCGUACGCUGCCAGCGGGAUGUGUUUGCUGUUUGUCGCCAUAUUUGAGUCCAUAUGUAUCGGCUGGGUGUAUGGUAGUGACAGAUUCUACCUAAAUAUUGAGGACAUGAUUGGCUACAAGCCUGUCUUCUUCAUCAAAUGGUGCUGGAUGAUCCUGACCCCGGGCAUCUGUGCUGCAAUUUUCCUGUUCUUCCUGAUUAAAUACAAGCCGCUGAAGUACAACAACGUGUACACCUACCCUGACUGGGGCUACGGUAUCGGCUGGUUCAUGGCCAUGUCCUCGAUGGUCUGCAUCCCACUGGGUAUGGUCUGGAAGAUCUGGACGACUCCUGGCACCUUCUCUGAGAGAAUAAAGAAGUUGACGACUCCGAGCCCGGACCUGAAAAUGAGAGGGAAGCUCGCCGCCCUGAGUCCUUAUGCUGCCAACGAUGCAAAACCCAAGGUUGAUGGGAAGAUAUCCACCAUCUCAGAGAAGGAGACACAUUUCUAACCAACUGCCUGACUGACCGACCAAGCUGCCCACCCUCUUCACAAUAAGUCCAACAAAUGAAUACAGCAAACAACAACAACAACAUUAUCCACUGUUACACAAAACAGGAAAUGAAACAAAUGACUCAAAGUGUUAUUUUUGUUUUGUAAAAAAAAAAAAGGGAAAAAAAGCAAAAGCUAUCACAUUAUUUGUAGUCUGCUUCUGUUUUGCACACACUUUCAUAACACAUUUGUUGUUGUUUUUUUCAGUUAACAUUGUGAGUAAAGCAGCUGUUUCCUUCUUUUCUAACCAUUAAUAUUUUAAAAUCUGUUUGAUGACAUACAAUUUAUGGUUAAAACUUGUCUUGGUACUUUGUCAGUACUGGUCACAGUAGUGUCCGGGCCUGUAGAACGAUGCCAAUGUGAUGUGUUGCAAAAGACUUACGCUGUACACUUAUUGGCAAAGUGCUGUGCCUCUCCAUUAGGUACUAGGUACCCAAAUGGGACUAUCUAAGAUAUACACACAUCUAGUUGUGUGUGUUAAGAGAAUACUGCAGUAUGUGUAGUACUGAGGCGAUACCAGAGUACUGAGGGCAUACUCUGAAUAAUAAGUUAAACUUUGGAUGUAUAAAAAGAGUUUUGCCAUCAAAAUGUCUGACGUUAGCUGAACCAGCUGUGACAGUGAGGGUCCUUCAGCGAUUCUUAUUUACUUGAAUUCAACAUUGUUUCAAAGCAACAACAGCAAAUGCUCUGUCCUGCUUCCUGCUGUAAUUGAAUAUUAUUAUGCUAUUCAUCAUCAAGUUAGGAUUUCUGAGGUUCUUGAGGGCUUUGCUGAUUUCCAACACUGCUCUUUCUAAAUAGGCAUCUCUUCUCGGGAGGUUCAGAGUAACGUUGAAGGAAAAUAAAUAGUAAAAGCUGUGAAAGCCUUCCUCUUUUGGAAAUCUUAAAUCUAUUGUUUUGAGUUACAAAGCUUCACAUGGCCACAAACGGUGAUGCACUCGCAGGCUGAGUCUAAAAGCACACCUCUGUCUCUCCUCUAGCUGCCCUCCUAGAGGUUGUGGGUAUCUGUCAUUUCACAGCAAUUAUGCUGAGCCUGAACACAGAGUGACGGACAGACAGGCUUCCACCCCUGCAUUUUUAUUUCCUGUUUCUGCCUGUAAAAGAAAAGAUGCACGCCCAUCGGAAUGAGCAUUUCAAAACCCAUCUGUCCUUUUAUACCCCCUCUUUUUAUGUUGUACCCUUCUCUCCUCUGUUUUUUCCCCUUGUCCUUCCUUCUCAUCCUCAACCUCUGCUUGUCCUCGUCUUCCAAUGCGUUUCCACUUCUCUUAAUCACUGCUUGAGCAAUGGCACUCGCCUUGUCUGAAACUGUGAUGCUGCGGAAGGCUUUGUGUUUCUUCGUAGACUUAUGCAUCAGCGAUAGUCUUGCUAUUGAUUAGCGUUUCUUGAACCACACUGAAAAGAAUACAUCAUUUAAUUUUGCUGUCUGAGGCAAUGCAGGAGUGAAAGCACAGUCUGUUCCUGUCAUCCAUUUAAUUGUGGUAAGAAUCAAUGAGCUGGUCUCAUUGUUCAGAUCGAUCUCAGUUCAUUACAGCCUCCGUCCAAUCAGCACUCGAAUAACGUUGACAUUAGGAGUUGUCCUCCUACCUCCCUUCCUUGCUUUAGCUGGCUUUCUCACCUCCCGUCUUUUCUUCCCACUGUUCUUUGUUUCCUGAUGAAAGUUCAAUCAGAGGAGAGCAUCUGAGCGGAUGGAACUAAAAUGUCUCUCUUUACAGUUUUUCAGGAGGAGGCAAAGAAAGCAGGGGAAGAAAUAAGGAAUUGAUGAGCUGAGGAAGUGCGUGAUUGAGUAAGUAAUGAGGGAAAGUGAGGAAGUGUUUAGUGAAUGAAGCCCCUCCUGUCUAAGCUGCGACAUCCUCUUAAACAUGUGAAUUGGUCCCGCUGGCGUGCUUGCGUUACGACGUUAUCACCUCCUCACUGAUGUUUGUGCAAGUUAAUAGCUGUAUGCAUUGGCAAUUAUAGCCUGCUGUUUAACACUGAUCUUGUUGAUGUAUAUUUUUACAUCUCCUUCUAGAAAUCUGUGGUCUAUUUCUUGACAUGAAAGAAUUGCUGUAUUAAAAAGAAUACAACCUUUGAUUUGACUUUUGAUAUGUUGCUCAAAAGAUCUUGUUAUAGAAAUAUAAUGAAAGGUGUUUUACUGUUCUGUACUGUCCGAUACACAUUUUGGUAUUCACAGGACACAUGAACUGUCUGCUUACUCAUUUUUAAGAAUAAAUAUUAUAAAGG